AUGAGAAGGCUUGACGAGCCUGUAGAUGACGUGAAGGCUCACUGUUAUCUCCCACAUCAUCCCGUGUUCAAGGAGUCGAGCACAACUACGAAAGUUAGGGUCGUUUUCGACGCGUCCUGCAAGACGGCGUCAGGAUAUUCGCUGAACGACACGCUGUUGGUCGGACCCGUAGUUCAGCAAGAUCUACUCUCCAUCGUGAUGAGAUUUCGGACACAUCACGUCGCUCUGGUUGCGGACAUCGAGAAGAUGUACCGGCAAGUAUUCGUGCAUCCUGAAGAUCAGCCGUUUCAGCGAAUUCUUUGGCGCACGGGCCCUGAUGAACCCAUCGCUACGUACGAACUGCAGACAGUAACGUACGGAACAGCGAGCGCUCCGUACCUAGCUACGCGUACUCUGCAGCAAAUUGCACAGGAUACCAAGCAGUUGUAUCCAAUCGCGAGUGGGCCAGUUACGGAAGACUUCUACGUCGACGAUUUUCUUUCUGGGGCGCCGGACGUAGAAUCCGCCAUCAAGCUGCGUCGUGAGGCAUCGGCAAUGCUAGCUUCCGCUGGAUUACCGCUCAAGAAAUGGGCAUCGAAUUCUCCUGAAGUUCUUGGGGAUGUACCACCUGAUGAUGUGGCAAUUCAGCCGUUCCAUAAUCUUCAGGAUGACCAGGCCGUCUCCACGCUCGGCCUCAUUUGGGAACCAAAGUUGGACAUACUCCGGUUCAAGGUUCAGUUGCCGUUAGCCGCAUCCGUACUGACGAAACGCAAGGUGAUGUCGUACAUCGCCCAAAUCUUCGACCCUCUUGGACUCGUGGGUCCAACGAUCACCAAGGCCAAACUCUUCAUGCAGCGACUUUGGGCUCUGAAGCAGAAUGGCGAAGCAUGUGAAUGGGACACGCCGCUCCCGUUUACACUCCAAGAAGAAUGGAAACUGUUCCAUAACACACUACACCUGUUGAGUGAAGUUCGCGUACCCCGCUUCAUUUCGAUGCCCGACACCGUCAGCAUCCAGCUUCACUUCUUCUGCGAUGCGUCUGAGCGCGCAUAUGGGACAUGCUGUUACGUCCGAACCGAAGCACACGGCACAGUUUCGGUCCAGUUGUUGGCGUCCAAGUCCAAGGUAGCUCCGCUUUCUACUCGCCAGACAAUCGCCAGACUGGAACUCUGCGCCGCACAUUUGUCGACCCAGCUGUACAAGAAGCUGAACGCGACGCUGAAGCUUCCUGCGACUGUUCAUUUCUGGACAGAUUCCACUACUGUCCUCCAAUGGCUUCGCGGGAACCCGAGUCGUUGGAAGACUUUCGUCGCAAACCGAGUCUCGCAGAUACAGCUUUCAACCGAUCUCAACCGCUGGAAGCAUGUUCCUGGAGUCGACAAUCCUGCUGACGACAUUUCCCGAGGAUUGAGUCCUACUGAUCUCCUCAACCGUACACGAUGGUGGACUGGGACACAGUGGCUAGCAAGGUCUCCGGAUUUUUGGCCAAAUCCAACGUUACCUGCAGCAGAAACUCCAGAAGUGUCCGCCGAAGGACGCAAGAUACCACUAGUUGCCAUGACCACGACACAACUGAGUUUCUGCACUGAUUUAUUCGCUCGCUACUCCAACUUCUCCAAGCUGCGCCGAGUGACAGUGUUCAUUCAGCGUUAUCUGCACGUGCUUCGUGAACGAGCCUCGCAACGUCGUUCGGAAAAGGAGAAGUACAAGCCACUCGUCAUCCCGAACAUUAACCCGCACCCAGUCCAUCCGCUUACCGCACAAGAAAUCCAACACGCCGAACUUACGCUCUGUCAUCUCGCGCAGGGUGAACUUUUCGCUGAGGAGAUUUCCGAUCUCGCUAGUGGCGAACGUGUCGCAAGAUCUUCCACGCUGAAGUGGUUGAACCCGUUCGUCGAUCCCGAAGGCACCGUACGUGUCGGUGGCCGGCUUCGCAAUGCCGCGCUGACUGAUGCGAAGAAACACCCGAUCGUCCUCCCUGCCAAGCAUCCGCUCGCUGUUCUGUUGGCUAGUUUUUAUCAUUUGAAGCUACUGCACGCAGGCCCCCAACUCCUGCUAGCCACUCUCCGCCAGAAGUUUUGGAUUCUGGGCGGCAGAAAUCUUGUGAAAUCCGUCUUUCACCGUUGCCACACUUGCUUCCGUAGCAAGCCCACACUAGUCCAGCAGAGCACAGCAGAUCUUCCGGCAUCGAGAGUAUCUCCAACCCGACCGUUUUCCGUCUGCGGAGUCGACUAUUGCGGACCUUUCUAUUUGAAGUCCGCUGUCCGCAACCGUGGCCCAACGAAGGUGUUCGUGGCCAUAUUCGUCUGCUUCUCUACGAAGGCAGUUCACAUCGAGCUAGUGAGCGACCUGUCUACUCCAGCGUUCCUAGCUGCACUCCGUCGUCUGGUCGCCCGCAGAGGAAAGGUGGUAGAGUUGCACUCUGACAACGCUACCGCUUUCAAAGGUGCAUCAAAUGCACUGAACCGCAUCUACCGCAUGCUGAAGGUCGAUGAGUCUGAUCGGAAUCAGAUCUUCGACUGGUGCUCCGACAACGAAAUUCGCUGGAAGUUCAUCCCACCUCGAGCACCACACUUUGGCGGUCUUUGGGAGGCUGCAGUGAAGUCAGCGAAGACACACCUGUUGAAGGCAAUCGGCAACGUGAACGUUGCGUACGAGGACAUGCUCACACUGCUGGCGCAGAUAGAGAUGUGCCUCAAUUCUCGUCCGCUGACUCCAAUGCCGGACGAUCCGUCCGAUCUCGAGGUCCUUACGCCAGGACAUUUUCUCGUCGGGAGCAAUCUCCAAGCUGUUCCGGAAGCUGAUCUGAAGGAGACUCCUGACAACCGCUUGGACCACUGGGAAUUAACUCAAAAACGGUUCCAAACUAUUUGGUCUCGCUGGUACCCGGAAUACCUGCAACAGCUGCAGUCUCGUGCUACGAAAGGCUGCAACCCGCCUGUCUCCGUCGACGUUGGCAGAGUCGUCAUCGCGAAGGAAGACAACAUCCCGCCAACCAAUUGGCCUCUCGGCCAAAUCAUCAAAUGUCAUCCCGGAGCCGAUGGCAUCGUUCGUGUGGUCACUCUACGAACCGCUGCAGCCAAGGAGGUUGUGCGUCCUGUGGCCAGAAUCGCUCUACUACCGACACCACCAACUCAACGAGCCGACUGA